CAUCUUCUGUAAAUGCAGAGACACAUGGACAAUUGAGGAGGUGGUUCAUGUGAGGUGUCACUCUUUCACUCUCUCUUCCUCUCGUGAUUUUGGAUCUCUCUCUGAAAAUAUCAUGGCAAAUUAGUAUCUGUCACACGACGUUGUGUCCUUUUAUACCGAAAGAUCUUCUUAAUAAACAACAAAACAAACCAGUACUGAUUCUUGAAACCAAUCAUUACCCCAUUUUGAUCUUCUCCCAUCUCUCCCUGAUUCAUUCCAUUCAUUCGGUCACAUCUCCAUUGUCCAUUGUUACAGACUCGUCGAAAAUGGUGGAACUUGGAAUCGCCAAGUCCGGCAAGCCGGUGAGUGUGGGCUUCAGAAUACCAUACUACACUCAGUGGGGCCAAAGCCUUGUGGUCUGCGGCUCCGGACCGGAGCUUGGUUCGUGGAAUGUGAAGAAGGGUCUGAAGUUGAGUCCUGUUCACGAGGGUGAUGAGCUCAUAUGGUUUGGCACCAUUUCUGUCCCCAAAGGGUUUGGAUCAUGCGACUACAGUUACUAUGUUGUCGAUGAUGAAAGAAAUGUUAUUCGAUGGGAGAUGGGAAACAAGCGUCGGAUUCUAUUGCCUCAGACCAUUCAGGGAGGAGAGGUGAUUCACUUCCAUGACUUUUGGCAGGUUGGUGCUGAUGCACUUCCUUUCAGAAGUGCCUUCAAGGACGUCGUCUUUCGUAAGGAGUGGAGUUUGGAGAUUGAGAAACCUCUAGGAGUCAUCCAAAAUUCAUUGCAGAAUGAUGGCAAUUGUACCCCAGUUGAACUCUCUGAUUCAAUUCUUGUCCACUUCAAAAUUUGUUGUCCGAAUAUAGAAGAAGGAACAUCGAUUUACAUUAUUGGUAGCAGCUCAAAGUUGGGGAAUUGGAAGGCACAGGAUGGGCUUAAACUAAGCUAUGCUGGUGAAUCAACUUGGCAUGCAGACUGUGUUUUGCCAAAAGGGGACUUCCCGAUGAAAUAUAAGUACUGUAAACUUAGCAAAGGGGGAAACAUUUCUUCUGAAACUGGUCCAAACCGCGAAAUUGAUCUCGACUCUUCAAGUAGGGAACCAAGAUACCUAGUCCGUUCAGAUGGCAUGUUGCGAGAAAUGCCUUGGCGUGGUGCUGGUGUUGCAAUCCCAAUGUUCUCUGUUAGAUCAGAAACUGAUCUCGGUGUUGGAGAGUUCCUUGACCUGAAAUUACUUGCUGAUUGGGCUGCAGAGUCUGGCUUUCAUUUAGUACAGCUCUUACCCAUUAAUGAUACAUCUGUAUACGGAAUGUGGUGGGAUUCAUAUCCUUACAGCUCCCUUUCUGUAUAUGCAUUGCAUCCUUUGUACUUGAGAGUACAGGCACUUUCAGAAAACAUCCCCAAGGAUAUCAAGGUAGAGAUUCAGAAGGCAAAGGAAGAAUUGGACGGAAAGGAUGUUGAUUAUGAGGCUACCUUGAUCACUAAACUCUCAAUUGCAAAGAAAAUAUUUGCCCACGAGAAGGAUAAAAUUCUCAGCUCCAAUUCCUUCCAGAAAUUUCUUUCUGAGAAUCAGGAAUGGUUGAAACCUUAUGCGGCCUUCUGUUUUUUGCGGGAUUUCUUUGAAACAUCAGAUCACAGCCAAUGGGGUCGGUUUUCCAAGUUUUCAACAGAAAAGCUAAAGAAACUCAUUUCUGAAGACAGCAUUCACUAUGAAGUAAUUUGCUUCCAUUAUUACAUCCAAUUUCAUUUGCACAUGCAGCUGUCGGAAGCCGCAGAAUAUGCAAGAAAGAAAGGAGUAAUUUUAAAAGGAGACCUCCCUAUAGGUGUUGGUAGAAACAGUGUAGAUACAUGGGUCUAUCCAAAUUUGUUUCGCAUGAACACAUCUACUGGUGCUCCUCCAGAUUAUUUUGAUAAAAAUGGGCAGAACUGGGGUUUCCCUACUUACAACUGGGAAGAGAUGGCCAAAGACAACUAUACCUGGUGGCGUGCUCGAUUGACCCAGAUGGCAAAAUACUUUACAGCUUACCGGAUCGACCAUAUAUUGGGGUUCUUUCGUAUCUGGGAACUUCCAGAGCAUGCCAUGACUGGUCUGGUUGGAAAAUUUCGACCAUCCAUUCCUCUAAGUCAGGAAGAACUUGAAAGAGAAGGCAUAUGGGACUUUGAUCGCUUGGCUCGUCCAUAUAUCCCACAGGAGAUUUUACAGAUUAAGUUUGGAGAUUCAUGGAUGUUCAUUGCUUCAAAUUUUCUGAAUGAAUAUCAGAAGAACCGCUAUGAGUUUAAGGAGGACUGCAACACUGAGAAAAAAAUUGCUUCAAAGCUGAAGUCAUUUUCAGGAAGUUCUCUGUUGCAGGAUGAAGAUCACAUUAGACAUGAGCUCUUUGAUAUUUUACAGAACAUAGUUCUCAUUAGAUCUCCAGAAAAUCUGAGGAACUUCUAUCCUCGCUUCAAUCUCGAAGAGACUUCAAGUUUUAAGGAUUUGGAUGAUCACAGCAAGAAUGUACUGAAACGGUUAUACUAUGAUUACUACUUCCAUCGACAAGAAAAUCUUUGGCGUGAAAAUGCAUUAAAGACACUGCCUGCUCUGCUGAACUCAUCGGAUAUGCUAGCUUGUGGAGAAGAUCUGGGGCUUAUUCCAUCUUGUGUUUAUCCUGUGAUGCAAGAACUGGGAUUAAUAGGUUUACGCAUUCAACGUAUGCCUAGUGAACCUGGUCUGGAGUUUGGCAUCCCUUCUCAAUACAGUUAUAUGACGGUGUGUGCUCCAUCAUGCCAUGACUGUUCAACGUUACGUGCUUGGUGGGAAGAAGAUGAAGAAAGGAGGCAGCGAUAUUUUAGCAGUAUGGUCGGAUCUGAUUUGUUGCCACCCAGUCGCUGUGUUCCAGAGAUUGCAAAUUUCAUCAUAAGGCAACAUUUUGAAGCUCCAUCAAUGUGGGCAAUUUUCCCUCUACAGGAUUUGUUGAUUUUGAAAGAGGAAUACACAACACGCCCUGCGAAAGAGGAGACAAUCAAUGACCCCACAAAUCCAAAGCAUUAUUGGAGAUACCGUGUACAUGUGACAUUGGAGGCUUUGAUCAAGGAUAAAGAGCUCACAUCAACCAUCAAAGACCUUGUGCUUGGAAGCGGAAGAUCACAUCCGGGGAAACAAGCUGAGAAACAAGUAAUUGAGAAGAAGCAGAUUGACUCAAGUGGCCAAGAAAAGGCUCAAGUGGCAACUCCACUGAAUGGAGGGGUACUGCAGAAGGAAGCUGUGGCUGUUCCUAACUAAUAUAUAUCAUGGGCUGCCAAGUUAAUUAAGGUCAUCGUAGAAACCUAUGUACUAUUCAACCAAGGUCGCAAUGGGAGCCGAAAAUUAGCUGACCGUCAACAACAAUCGAUCUGCAUGUUGCUUCGCAAAGUUUAUAAUCCGUAGUAGACACAUGAAACUAAGAAGCAUUGAAUAAUAAUGUAGUUGCCAAUUCGUUGCCAAAAUUUUAGAACUGGUUCGGCCCAA